AUGCUCGUCACAAUUCACUUGGAGCUUGUCACCGAUUACUCCACCCAAGCAUUCAUCGCUGCCUAUAAGCGUUUCACUGCUAGACGAGGAAUCUGCGCUACACUUCAUAGUGAUUGCGGAACAAAUCUUAAAGGAGCUGACGCUGAGCUCAAAAAACUAUUUGCUGCAGCAUCAAAGCAACUUGGCGAUCUUGCGAAUCUGUUAGCGAACAAUGGGACACAAUGGAUUUUUAACCCUCCAUCCGCGCCUCACUUCGGAGGUAAAUGGGAAGCAGGAGUAAAGUCCACAAAAUUUCAUCUACGAAGAGUUGUCGGAGAUCAUCUCCUCACGUACGAAGAAAUGACAACCCUCCUUACUCAAAUUGAAGCAGUCUUAAAUUCAAGACCGUUGUGUGCCCUAACAGAUGAUCCUGAUGAUCUAAACGUUCUAACCCCAGCUCAUAG